UGCAGCAACAGCUGCAACAACAGCUGUUGCUCCAGUCAUGCUCCAGUAGGCUGAAAGUAUCGAAAUUUACAUAUCGUGAGAUUUUGUAUACUUUCCUGGAAAAAGUUUCGAUUCUAUUUAUUUUCAUUGAUUUCGGUCAAAAUAUCCACAAUGGAUUUGAACCUACAAGAGAAAUUCGUUCACCAUAUGGAAGUGGCAAGAACAUACUUGUAUGAUGUUCAAUCAGAAAACUUACACAAUUCUAUCAGGGCUUUGCUGACAACAAUACAAAUAUCAAGGAAACAAGGAUUCCAAUUAGCAGAGCCUCCUGCUGAUUUCUUAACAAUGACUGAAGGACUUAUUAGCAAUUCAAAGUUGCCCAUGGAUCUUGCAAUUGUGGCUGGGAAGAUAAAUUGCUUGACACAAAUGUUCAUCCAGAAUCAUCGCACAACAAUAAAGACUCUGCUUAUCCAAUCUUCACAGAUCAGCGAAAGGGUUCCAAAAAUUUGCUUCAUGUUUGGCAUUUUGGAUUGCCUACCGUGUGAUAGGUGUGAUGUGACUGUAGUGACUAUUGCUGAAGAAAUUCUACAGCUCCUGUUCAAUUUCAAUUCAGUCUAUUUCUAUCAAAUGAAGCUGUUCCAUACUUGGCUGCAGUAUGUUCAAAAUAUUGUGUGCUUCAUUCCCAAUUCCAACCCCAUUUGGACACAAUUACUGUUGCCUCAAAGUGUGAUGCUGGAACUUACUACACUUCAUUUGGAAACGACUCAAGUGCAAAAUGUGGCAGAGCAGUGUCUGGUGACAAUAUGCGAUAUAUGGCGUAACCUCCAACUAUCUUCGCAGUAUGCUGCUACUGUAGUCAAGACUGCGUUAAUCAACUUAACGUGGCAAUCAAAAUCAAAGUACCUCAUCUUAGCUACCUUGCUUCCUUUCGUCAACUUAAGUGAAAUUCUACAAGAGUAUCCCGAUACCCUUCACGCUAUGACGUAUAGCCUCGACUCCAAUGUCAAAUGCUUGCUGGCGGCUGGAACAACACUUUUCAAGGCACUUCUGAAGAACUUGACCUCUGAAGAGUGGGGAGACUGCUGUCAGAGUGUCUUGCUUGACGCUUUGAAUCAUUCGAACCCAAACACUCAACGUAAUGCCGCCCAUUACUGGCUACCCUGCUUGGUUCAUGCUUCACCUCUUGUCCUAGUCGAAUUUAAGCAAUGCUUACGAAGAGCAGAUCGCUUGAAUUGGUUGGCUUACAUUUCACUAUUGAAACUGAUAGAUCCUACUCCAGACGACGAAGACAGACUGCUUGUCCAUCGAGCUCUCAACCAUGGCGAAGAGGAAGUAAGAGCAGCUGCCUUUUCAAUCCUUCUUCAUACCAAUAAAACGACAGAAGCAGUUAGUUCCGAAGAAUGGGACUUGGUCAUCAAUUUCUUAUUAAACAAUCUCCGAUCUGACAAUCCUCGUUUCAGGCUUCAAUUGCUUACAACCACUCGAUUGUUUCUAAUUCGAGUACUGGAGUCUAGCCUUUACAGAAUAAAAACUAAUUGUGAUGUGAAAGAAGAUAUCGACAGCCUGAGAAAACUACACGACCGUCUACUGAAAUGUUUGACUAAAUCUUCUAGCUACCAAAAAAAAAUUACGUCACUGGGUGUCCUUCACUACAUUCUGCAAUUAUUUGGCAAAAGUGAUGCUCAGGCAGAUAGUCUGGCUAAAGGUGCUUCGCUAACGAAUCGUUGCCAGUUGAUUGAGCUGGCCGGAGACCGCUGGGACUUUACUGGAACAUUGCCAUUAGACCAUUACACAGUCUGUUUAAUGGAUGAGGUGAUUGACAUUCGCAAAAAAGCUGCCGAGAUUUUGCGAACUUUUUUCCUGUGCCCACCACUCAGUUACGUACAGCUGCUUUGUCAACAAGGAUUGGAAUUGUGUGAUAGUGCUCAAUUUCAGCGUAGCGAAUGUGGAGCCGUCGCAAUCCAAUUGGUCAGUCAUUGGUCAUUUUCAUGCAAAGCUGUCAUUCCAGAAUUGACGGUAGAUUUUCUAGUGGGGGAGAUAAAAAAGCGAUUCCAUCAACUCAAAUUAGAUUGGUUGACUGGUGCUUCACAGGAACCUGUACAUGGUUUCGUUUGCGCCCUAAUCAAAGUCCUUCAGCUGCCUCAUCAUCAACAUUCGGUGAAAUCGUAUGCAGAUUUAAUUGAAUUGAGUCAAAUGAUUAGUUGCUAUAUGCUGGAUAUUUUAGCCACCAAAUCAAACGAAAAUCCAGUUUUGGCGCCAUCGUUUGAGGAAAUGAGCCUGUCAAUGGACGAGAUUGUUCGUCAAAGUAAUCCGACCGAAAUGAACGACACGAUUUCAAUCAACGUUCAACAUCAACUGAUCUUGUCGUGCGUCUGGCUAAAUUUGAAGGAAUCGGGUAAUCUAGCUGCUCAAGUUGCCACCUUGUUGUUAAACGACGAAUUAUUAACAAAGGAACAGCAGAGUGAUAAAAUUGAACAGUGCGCAGAAAUAAUUUAUCGAAUCCUUCUCCGUUGUCGACACAAGGGCGUGAUCGAGGCAGCUGGUGAUGCUAUUGGCUUGCUCUGUCGAAAAAUGUUCAACAAUCGAGAAGAAGUGAUAAGAGCUAUUCCCAGCAAGAUCUUAACACAUUUUUUUGAACGAUUUGGGAAUUUAAAAACGGGUGCAUCUGUCACCCGCCGUUCGGCUGGAUUAGCUUAUCUGGUCAGUAAGAUUGUAAACAGUCAACCAGAAAAGUCUUCAUCGGACUCUUUGCUGGUUUUGGCGACUAAAUGGUUGAUAAAUGUUGCUCAGCGUCCAGUCGAUUUGAAUGAAGAUCAAGAUGAUGUUAACGAUUUGCCACAAUCAAUAGCCAUUCAUAUACUGGAAUCGCUAGUUCAUGAUGCAUCGCUAAGUGUUGGCCUACAGCCUGACAUGAUGGAGCUUAUUUUCAAGUUAAGCGUCAAUUCAUUCUCUCACACCCAUUGGUCAGUACGAAAUGCUGCUCUUCAACUACACGGAGCUGUUAUACCAUGUUUGGUUGGUACGUCUAGCAAAACAACUGGCGAACUAUUUCACAAACUUCCAGGAUUGGAGGCUUUCUUAAUUGACCAACUAGGCGAAGAAACAUACCACCAUCAAAUAGUUUCCCGUGGGAUCCUUCCAACUCUCGGCCUGCUAAGUCGGCUUUCACCCAGCCACAGAAAUGGACACAGAAAUUUUCGAUUCACCUUCAGUCUCAUGGCUGUACUCGGCCAUCCAGUUCAUCAAGUCCGCCAAUCGGCUGCCCAGAGCCUAUUAGCAUUUGUCCCACUCCUCAAGACCAAAUGUAUAACGCUGCAACUUUGUGCAGAUGCGUUGAUCUUGGCGAAUGAAAAUGCUUCAGAAAAACCACUUCAUUUGUGCGUACGAGGAUCUUCGAGUACAAACAGCCUCCAUGGAUGCUUACUGGCUGUAUUCCAAUUUAUUAAUCGGUGUCGUGAUAUUGCGCUCAACAUGGAAGACUGGGAAUUGAUUCGCAAAGCUGUUUCAAAAUUCAUACCCAUCGAAAAUGAUCAUCCCAGCUUUUACAUCAGAUUGUAUAUUUUAAAGAUUUUUCAAAUGUUACCGGGAAUCAUGAUUGAGGAAUAUGAAUUUCUUCGGAUCUAUCGAGACGAAUCGGUGCGCACAUUGCACGCCCAUCAACCUGGCUUCAAUGAAUGGUUAAGGCUUAAAACAGAGCUGAUAUUUAACGAAGCUUCGAUGAAUUCUUUAUGGGGAAUACAUGUCAUAGCCAUUCAAGAAUAUUUAGCUUUCUAUAGUGGAAUGGAUGUGCUGGGACCUAUUCUAAAAGUAAUAACAAACCGUUUUGCUCGAUUUGCGAGCUCUAGUGUCAUGAUAAAUCCUAUAAACGCUUACAUGAUGUACUAUAUCUCUCAUUGGCAAACAUACUCGUCUCUUUUACCGAUUUGUCUUGAUUUUGUCCAAGCUCGAGGAGCUAUGGCUCUGCAGGAAACCGAAACGUCACUUCAAGAGCACAUCCAUUUUUUCCUCGAUCAGUGUAUCGAAAAGAGGGAACUGGGCUCUGCUGUGGCUCUACUAGCCAUCCCCACAGCGGCGGUUGUCAUCAAGGAAACACUAGUGAAGAAUCUAAUGACCAACGGUAUUGACGAAGUGAUUGUACGACUAAGUCGCUGCUUAUUGAAUGCUUCGCAGCCCGAGGAAUCAUUAUCUUUCCGUUGCGCAGCUGCUGCCGGUCUCAAAACGAUGGGAAGGACGCUGAUGGAGACGGCAAACAAAAGUUGUGAAACAGAUCGCAAUCUUUUUCUUCUUAUUUUGAAUCUCAUCCAAGACGAAGACAACAGCGUACGAGCCAAUGCUGCUUUGUUUCUGACGGAUCUAGUCUCUCCGUCUAAUUGUAGUUCAAGAGAACACGCACGCUUAGUUCAAAUGAAUCUCACCCGGUGCCUUGAAGAAUUUGCUCGUGACAUUCGUCGUUGGUUUAGUAAAGAACAUGUUAUUCCAGUCGUGUUUAAUCUGUUAAAAAAUUGCGACCGGAUCGAAGACGACGAAAUUCAUUUUUUGUACGUUCGGGAACCCCGUAAUUUCUUUCGCGACGAGAUAGACUUGGUCCAUUUCCUCAUCAAAGUCGUCGAUUCUUUAUCAGCGACUGGCGAUUAUUCCAAGCCUUUCCUGUUCGAUUUUGACAUGCAAAAAAUUAUAACAGAAGCAGGUCAGUGUCUUGAUAAUAUCCUGUCUGAUCUUUCGUUUAAUGAAGAUGCAAAAAAAUGGCUUUUUACUCAAUCAGCAAGAAGUUAUUCCGUUCUAAUUCGACUCUGUGCCCGCUUAACUAUUAUAAUUUUAUGCUGUCCACAGUGGAAGACGGACCAACAUUUUCUCGAGCUUAAAAGUACUAUUGAACUGUUGACUCGUUGUGUUUAAAUAUUUUUGUUUGUUUGUUGGCGAUUUCAGUUGUUUUGUUUUACAUUGUGUUACAAAUUUUGGGGUAAUAUCGCUAGCUGAAAAACGGAAUUGAAUUAUUACAUGUGCUACGAACAGGUCGUACCUAAAACUUUAUGAAAUCUGAGCAAUAGAUUAUUCUUAAGUGUUGUUUUGUCUAUUGUGCAGUAUAAUAAAACGCAAUUGUCAAAAUCUGA